AUGGUGCGUCUGGGUUCUUCGAUCCUCUUCGCAUCGCUCCUGGCGUCCACUGCUUGGGCCCAGACCUGCGACACUAGCAACCAGUGUCCCGAAGACAAGCCCUGCUGUUCCCAAUACGGAGAAUGCGGAACAGGCGCCUACUGCCUCGGAGGCUGUGACCCUCUCUCCUCCUUCUCCCUCGACUCCUGCGUCGCUGAACCCAUCUGCCAAAACAAGACCUACACCUGGGACAAUCUCGACAAUGCAGCCCUCAACACCAAGUACCUGGGCAACGCCACCAAGUACGAUUGGGUGUACAGCGGCUUUCCCAAGAUCGACGAUGGAAACCUCGUCAUGACCAUGCCUAAUGGUACUGUGGGGACGUUGUUCGCGAACAACCACUACAUUUGGUAUGGUAAGAUCAAGGGCAAGAUAAAGAGCAGCCGUGGAGCUGGUGUUGUGACGGCGUUUAUCUUGCUGUCGGAUACCAAGGAUGAGAUUGAUUUUGAAUUUGUGGGUGCGGAUCUGGAUAAUGUUCAGACGAACUAUUACUUCCAGGGUAUUCUUGACUACAACAACGGCGGCAAGUCUGAAGUUGGCGAUGAUAACACCUUCGAAGAAUGGCAUGAGUACGAAAUCGACUGGACAGAAGACUACAUCAACUGGUCCGUCAACGGCGAGGUGAAGCGCACCCUUGAGAAGUCCAAGACCUGGAACGAAACUGCCGGCCGCUACCAGUUCCCCCAGACCCCCUCUCGGAUGCAACUUUCGCUCUGGCCCGCUGGUCAGGCCAGCAACGCCGAGGGGACCAUUGAAUGGGCCGGCGGAGAAAUCGACUGGAACAGCGAGGAUAUUCAGGACAAGGGCUACUAUUACGCGUCUUUCAGCGACAUCACGGUAGAGUGCUACAGCCCGCCCGGCGGAGCUGAUAUCCAGGGCGACAAGUCGUACAUAUUCAAGGACGACAAGGGUCUCAACACCUCUGUGCAGGUGACCAACAACGACACCGUGCUUGCGUCGUUCGGUGCUACAGGUCUUGACCCUGAUCUCGGCGCUGACAAAGACGAUGACAAGGAGGGUGACUCUGAGGAGUCCGGCGACUCUGGCAGCGUCCCGAAGACCAACGGUGGUACUGGUAACGAGCCUGGGUCGGACGGCUCCUCCACCUCCGACAACCACAACCAGAAGAACGUCACCACCAACGCUGGUACCAACUUCCAGGGUGAGCAUGUGAUGAAGAGCUCGUUCUUCGGCGUCCUCGUUGCUCUUGUUGUGCUGAUUACUUUGUAA